AUGAGUUUGUCGGCAGGUCUGGAUUCUGCACAAAGGUGGGUGCAGCCUCUGCAGCACAGGCUGUCACUACGCACCGCCCAGGGUCACGGUCUCCCCUCUGAGUACCAUGACCGCUACGUUCCCACACUCCCAGCCGCCUCAGCCUGUCUGACCUUUGCCAAGUACGCCACCCUCCCCACUCUGCCCCCUGAGCAGCCUUCCUCCUACUCCUCAUCAUCUUCUCCCAGGGCCUGCGGUUUGGACAGCUGUGGCCAAGCUGCUGCACGGCUUGUGGAAAACAUCCGCCACACAUGGAGGGCUGCACUAGUUCUGCCUGGCCUCUGGUGA